AUGUACAGCCGCGAUGCUUCUGUGAUUGCAACGUCCAGCAGAGGCAGCUUUCCAGGUGCGGCUUUGACAAAUUCUUUCUCAGAGGUCACUGGCUUUGUCUUCGAGAAUACGCUGAAGCUGGGGCUGAGACAGCACGGCCCACACAAGAUUCACGAAUUGAUUGCCGAAAAGAUGUUUGUGGUGGCAUUACUCGUCGCGCAAUUACUUACCGUGUGCCGUCCAUACUCGAAGAGAUAUCCAUUGGCGUGA